AUGGGGAAUGUGCCCGGCAAGUUGGAAGCGGAGGAGUACGGAGCGAUGAACGGGCGGCGCGGGGGGAGCCAGAAGCAGUUCCGGUCGCUGUCGCAGUCGAGCACGGCGUCGUCGGGGUCUGCGGCGGCGGACAGCGGGCGGUCGCGGCGGGCGACGUCGCUAGUGGGGAACCUGCUGAGCUCCGGCGGGGUGUCGCGCGCGGAGUCAUACGGCGGAAGUGCAUACAGGCGGCGCGUGGCGCGCGAGAAGGACCGGCUGCGGGAGCAGCACGCGCUGCGACUGGUGGUGCGCAGCGAGGAGACGGUGGACGGCGGGUACCUGGCGCCGUACGGGAGCUACCGGCUGGAGAAGCUGGACUACGACGCGCCGGUGGUGCAGGGCCUGAUCGUGGAGCGGCGGCUGGCGCCGUUCUACACGCCACUGCAGGACUUUGACGAGGGGUGGACGCGGGAGGAGCUGGUGCGGGUGGUGGACAGCCUGCUGCUGCACGCGCCGUUCGAGGAGGAGCCGGAGGAGUUUGAGGGCGUGCCACUGGGGAACCUGGGGGUGGCGGACAUCGACGCGCUGGUGGACAAGACGCUGUCGCGGCGCGAGCAGCGCCGGCAGCGGUCCAAGAUAUUCCGGGCGCGGUUGCAUCGCAAGCGCAUACUGUGGCAGGAGGAGGAGAACAGCAAGUUCCUGGAGCUCAAGCUGGAGGCGCGGCGCACGGGCGUGUCCAGCGCAUGCCUGCCCAGCGACGACGCGAAGUGGGACCUGUACCGCAACGGCGCGGAGUGUCCCAUCUGCUUUCUGUACUUUCCGGAGCCCAUGAACGUGUCGCGCUGCUGCUUGCAGCCAAUCUGCACCGAGUGUUUUGUGCAGAUCAAGCGCCAGGAGCCCCACUUUUCACAUGACGAGGUGGACCCCGCGCAGCCAGACGAGGACAAGGACCCCGACCUGCUCAUUUCCACGCCGGCGAGCUGCCCGUUCUGCGCUACGCCCAACUUCGGGGUCACCUACAAGCCCCCCGCAGACCGCAUACUCGGCAUCCAGGGGGGGCCGCCCAGUUCGUACGUCUCCGCGUGCUCCGACCCGCCCCACCACCACACGGAACCGCCACCACGCCGCACGUCCGUGGCCCACGACCACUCCUCCGUAGUCACCUCCGACAUGAUCCGCCCGGACUGGGAGACGGAGCUCAUUAAGGAACGCACCAAGCUUGCACGCCGCGCCGCCAAUGCCACCGCUAUUCAUGUCAGCAACCGCCUUGUGGACCCGGGCCACACGCGCGGCUACAGCAACUCUUUCGCCAGCGCAUCGUCCACGUACGCGAGCAACAGCUCAAUGACCGCCGACUUCGAGGAAGAAAUGAUCAGGCAUGUCAUGCGUCUUAGCCUGCUGGACCAGCAGCCCAAUGCCACGAGUAUCAGCCCUGGCCCAGUCGAUCGCUAG